AUGGCCAUGGAUACUGCACGACCUCGACCCUGCACCGCUGCGGCCGCGGCCAUAGCUCCGCCACGCGACAGUUGGCCUCCACGGCCCGUGCCCCGACCGUGGCCCCAGCUCCGCCCCCUCCGCAGUGUCGGGCGCGUCGGCGGUACCGCUGUUCCUCCGCAGCCACCCUCCUCCCUCGUGCUCACCUGCCGAGUGCCACAUCCUCCUGACCCCAUCUCGUUUUCUCAGUGCAGCUUGGUGGCGCGUGGACGUGCAGUGCGGGGGCGUCGGCAAAAUUAUGACGAGGAUGGUGUGUGCCUUCUGCAAUCUAAGUUUGAUAAAUCAUUUCUUUUAUAUAUACAGUCGUGGCCAGAAAUAGCUAAGUUCCAGAAUGAGCCCUUUCCCCUCUACAAUAAGCUUGGUGAUCUCUAUGAUGGACACAUAGCAGAAGGUAACUUCAAUUUCACAUCAAUUGAGGUUACACAAGUCAGUGAUGGUGAUCCCGAAGUUGAAAGAGAGCAACCUGCCUUCUCUUUUAACCUGAAUCAAUACGAUGAUGAUGUGCACAUGUACAAUAAUCCAAGAGAUGCUGCUCAAAGUGAUGAGACAAGAUAUGCUACACAAAGUGAUGGUCGAAGAGAUGCUAUUCAAAGUGAUGAGCCAAGAGAUGCUACACAAACAGGUGCUCCCGGUGGUUCAAAUAAGAAGCCAGUGAAGGAGUCCAAGAAGAAGACGCGUGAUGAUCCAAUGGUGGAGGUGAUGGCACAAUAUGUGGAGAUCAAACGGAAGCAAGCGGAGGAGGAGUCUGUUUUGUUGGUAGGGUCAAAAAAUGCACAAGAGUUCUCUCUGAAUUCUGCCGCUGAAGAUGAAGAUAGUGUUGUUGCGUUUCUUCGAAGCAAAAUGGCAGAGUUGCAUCAACAUAUCUAA